AUGCACCCGCGACUGUUUCGGCAGCGGCUGCUCGAGCUUGCCGCGGAGUGCGAGGGUCUCCACGCGGCGGCCACCGUAUCGUUCGCCGAGGUGCCUGCGGUGCCGCGCAAGUCAUCCGAGGGCGAGGCGGCGACGAGCCAGAGCGGUGACGGCGAGGGCGCCCCGCCCGGCGCCAGGAGCGCGCUGCCGCCGAACAGGGGGGUUUCUGGUGCAGGUUCGGGGCCCCCCCGGACAGCUGGCGAGGCGCCCCGACGAGAGCUCGGUGCCGCUCCGUCCGACGCCGGGGUCGGGGCGCAGCGCGAGCCCGCGGGGCAGCUUGCGGCGCACCCCGACGAUGACGGGAGCGCGGCGCGGAUUCCGAGGAAGCACGCGAGGUUGUCCGGGGGGAGCUGCUCCAUUGGAAGUCCAGCGCCGAGCAGCCACAUGCCGAAGACCAAUGAUGGGAGUUCCGUUCCGGACGCCGUAGAGCCGAGGAGGAGCUCGAGAAGGGAGAGUGGGGAGUCCAGGAGAGAAAGUAAUGAUUAUUUUGCCACAGCGAUCUCCGCGGCAGUCGCCUCCGCCGGCGCAGUUGUCCGCACUGCCUAA